GGCAAAAUUCACGCGACUUCCGCGGCUGUCGCAAUGCUUUUCGCCCUGCUGCGGCCCCAUGUGGCGGAAGCCGUCAAUGUGGUCGCUCGCUUCGACCUAGUGCUGGUCUUAGUGGCUGCAGCGGCGGUGCAGUCCAUCCACAGCUAUGGACGCAUCACGCUGCCCAUUCCCGCAGAGGCAGAAGAGAUGGUCGACAGGGGCUUCUACCCUGAGACCACGUCAGACUGGAUCAAGGUCUUCGUGUUGGGCGUCGCGGUGCGGAUCCGGGAGAUGGACGAGAGGCUGCGCGCCAGCCUCGCGGCGCCCGGCGCCGUGAGCAUCGCGGAGAUCCGGCGAGACUUUGCGAGUGUGGCCAUGGCCUUGCUGGCAGUGGUGGGCCUUCUGUUUCUGAUGCUCAUCCCCCUGCUGGGGAUCACCUGGUGGCUCUUGGAGCGCCCAGGCCUGCGCCCUCACCUCAACGAGGUGCUGGAGGGCUGGAGUGCCCUGCAAUGGCUGGAGCGCCCGCUGCGGCCCUUGCUGCGCUUUGGGAUCGCCGUCUCCAAAGCUGUAGGCCUAGGAGAUGCCGAUGAGGAGCUGCUGUCGCAGGAGGAUGGCGUAACACGUGCCAAGCGCUUGCUGAUCGGGCUGGUCAUGCUGAAUGUCCUCCUCAGCAUCGUCCUGCUCGUGCUCCUUUCUGCAGUCUCCUCGAUGUUUCGGAUGAUGUGAACGCGUGAUCUUGCCCAGCGGCAUGUUGCGUCCGUGCUUUCAAGAUGUGUGUUCCGUUUCCGGUUUCCCCUUUCUUUUUGUUUGGUGUUUUGUUCCUUUUGUUUGUUUUUUUCUGUUCAAACAACCAAACAAACCUCUCUCGAGGACAAACACUCGGGUGAGAAGCCCAACGGGUGUGCGUUCCAUGUGAUUUCGCCGCAACUGAAGUCACAAAGUUGACUCCCAGAAACCCAGGCGAACGCGAGGAGUAAAGCGGC